ACAUCCUCAAACAAUACGAGAAAGAGGAGUGCACGAAUCCGCGCGCACCCCAGGCUGGGCUCCUUCCCUGUAAUAGUGAGCGUCAGCCAUUCUUAAAAAACACAUUUUGUUGCUUAGUGGACUCGACUGGAGGGCGAGAGGAGGAUAAACUGAGCGGACAAAGAUGUAAAUAAAAACAGUCGUCCCCCAGCUGAGCGAGGCGUUCUUCAUCUGACUUUUUGGAUCAAUCAGACAGGCAGUGGCUUCUUUUGAUUAAACCCCAAAUUGUCAUUGGGCAGAGGUAAUCAUGUGACAGGCAAUUCGGUCCAAUUUCAACCUUGUCUCCAUGAAUUCAAUAGUUUAAUAGUAGCUCGGUCCCCAUACGGCCGUAAUCAGUGACAUAGAAAAAACCCACCACGAGAUUUUUAAAUGAUUUUUUUUCUUCCUCGUCCUCACUGAGCCGCAACAUUUAUAAAAAUACGCGUGCAAACUUUCCUCGGCUCUCAGGGAGCGGAGAUGAAUUACGAAUUCGAGCGAGAGAGCGGUUUUAUCAAUAGUCAGCCGUCGCUUGCUGAGUGCCUGACAUCUUUCCCCCCUGUCGCUGAUUCAUUUCAAAGUUCAUCAAUCAAGAGCUCGACGCUUUCACGCCCGACACUGAUUCCUCCUCCCUUUGAGCAGACCAUUCCCAGCCUGAACCCGGGCAGCCAUCCGCGGCACGGCCGGCCUAGACACAGCCCCGACGGAUGCAGCCAGCUGCCUACCGCCUCCUUACCUCCGGAGUAUCCCUGGAUGAGGGAGAAGAAAGCCUCCAAGAGGAACCACCUGCCAACCUCCACUACCACCACCAUCAACAAUGGACCCGUGUGCUUUUCCCCAAAAGGCUCGCCUGAGAUCGUGGAGAGCAGUGGGGGGGGAGGGGGCUCUCGCCGGUUGAGGACAGCAUACACCAACACUCAGCUGCUGGAGCUGGAGAAGGAAUUCCACUUCAACAAGUAUCUUUGUCGGCCGAGGAGAGUGGAAAUAGCGGCUCUCCUGGAUUUGACCGAGCGGCAGGUCAAAGUCUGGUUCCAGAACCGGCGCAUGAAGCACAAGCGUCAGACUCAGAGCAAGGAGAACCAUAACGGGGAGGGGAAAGGUCCGAGUGCCGAUGGUAGCAUCCACAGCGACGAGGAGGACGAGGCCCCCCUGUACGAGCGGAGCGGGGCCCUGCUGGAGAGAGAUACCUGCUCCUUUCAAAACAACUCUCUGGGCUCCACACAGCAGCUCCACAAUGGAGAGACCAUGAGCUUUGCUGCUGCGCCGCUGAACAGCAAUGACAAAAAUCUGAAACAUUUUCCCAACCCGUCACCCACUGUUCCGGGCUGCAUGUCAACAAUGGGCCCCGGCUCGGCAUCUGGCCCGGACAAUGGCGACAGUCCCCCGACCCUGGAUGUUUCUAUACACGACUUUCAGCCUUUCUCCUCGGAUUCCUGCCUUCAGCUCUCCGACGCUGCUUCGCCGAGUUUGUCAGAGUCUCUGGACAGCCCCGUGGACAUUUCCGCGGACACUUUCUAUUUUUUCUCGGAGUCACUAACUACAAUCGACCUGCAGCAUCUGAACUAUUAAGAAAAGCCAACGACAGAAACUUUUGGGGACAUUAAAUAUCAAGCUACGACGAUGUUAACUCUGAUGUUGUUUGUAUAUUCGGCACAUUUAUUCUGUUGAUAUUUGACUUGACGGUAAAUUCAAGGUAAGGAUGAAAAUGAAUCACUGAAGUAGCUCUGCUCAAACGUGGCUUGUAAUUACCAUAACAAAUUGAUCUCUUGGAAUGGAAAUUAUGAGUGUAUGUGAAUAUUAUACAAUAUUAGGCCUAAGGAACCAGGUCAUUUUUAUUUUUGUAUAGCUUCCAGCGUCUUGGAUAUUUUUGUUAGAAUACAAUUAUCUUGCUACAAUCUG